GAGAAGAAGAAGAAGAAGAUGACGAUGAUGAUGAUGAUGAUGAUGAUGAUGAUGAUGAUGAUGAUGAUGAUGAUGAUGAUGAUGAUGAUGAUGAUGAUGAUGAUGAUGAUGAUGAUGAUGAUGAUGAUGAUGAUGAUGAUGAUGAUGAUGAUGAUGAUGAUGAUGAUGAUGAUGAUGAUGAUGAUGAUGAUGAUGAUGAUGAUGAUGAUGAUGAUGAUGAUGAUGAUGAUGAUGAUGAUGAUGAUGAUGAUGAUGAUGAUGAUGAUGAUGAUGAUGAUGAUGAUGAUGAUGAUGAUGAUGAUGAUGAUGAUGAUGAUGAUGAUGAUGAUGAUGAUGAUGAUGAUGAUGAUGAUGAUGAUGAUGAUGAUGAUGAUGAUGCUGAUGAUGAUGAUGAUGAUGAUGAUGAUGAUGAUGAUGAUGAUGAUGAUGAUGAUGAUGAUGAUGAUGAUGAUGAUGAUGAUGAUGAUGAUGAUGAUGAUGAUGAUGAUGAUGAUGAUGAUGAUGAUGAUGAUGAUGAUGAUGAUGAUGAUGAUGAUGAUGAUGAUGAUGAUGAUGAUGAUGAUGAUGAUGAUGAUGAUGAUGAUGAUGAUGAUGAUGAUGAUGAUGAUGAUGAUGAUGAUGAUGAUGAAGGAGAAAAUGACGAUGAUGAUCAUUGA